AUGAGGUUUCUAGCCCUCGCCAGCCUACUCUGCAUCUUGCUUCUCUGCUUGUCCGUCUUCUCCGCAGAAGGGAGAAGGUAUCCGAGGCAUCCUGCCAAGCCCGGGAAAAGCAAGCCCUGCUGUCCCCGAGUUCCUGGCCCUGACCUGAUGACCCGGAAAGGACACCAUGUGAGAAGCUGCAGACCAUGCAAGUUCAAGCCAAAGCCCCGCUCUUGGGUGGUGCCUGGGGCACUCCCACAGGUGUAG